UGUGGAUGUGAGUGGAGAGAUUUUGCGAUUAAAAUAAAGAUAAACUUUACUGUGUGAUAGAUUUCUCUGAUAAAUUUACUCAAUUGAUAGAAUAUGUGAUAAGUUAAAUGACCUUUCUUAUUUCUGAGUUUAUUUUUUGUCAUAGAAAAAGUUUGGGUAUAGUCGGUGAAAAGUGUGUCUGGUUUUAAUAUAUACCUGUGAAGUUAGACGAUGGUCGAGGCCCGAGAGAUUGUUCUGUGGAUUGUCGUUGCUGCUACCGUCAUCUUAUUGUUGUUUGUUGUCAUAGCAACUAUUGUUGUAUGUCAUCGACGUGGACGAAGAAAAAAGGCCAAGCUUCGUCGUCUUGAAUUUGAGAAGAAGGAUGGAAAUGAAUCUGUCAAUGGAGGCAUAUACACUAAAAGUUUUACUAAAAUUACAACGGAAAACACUGUGGACGAAAUUGAUAGUGGUGCAAACAAGGGUGAAGUUGAAUAUAACGUAAAAACAGACAAAGUUCAUAUUUUAGGUUUAGAAGAUCAUGGAUCUGUUGAAGAGAGUAAUGUUGACAAUAGAAACAGGUUACAAAUGUCUCGUGAAACCCUUCAAAAUGCUAGUGUAUCAGCGAUACAAACUCGUGAAGCUAAAGAGAGUCGUGUGAACGACGUGACUCGUGUUUCCCACGCGAGUUGUGGAAAUAACGAGAGACGAUUUGCUAAUGAGGAUCGUGUUGUUGAAGAAUGGAAGUGUUCGGAGUUUCAUGAAAACAGAAAAAAGGAAAGUAGUAAUUUCAAUGUUGAUGAUAAAUAUGGAGAAUAUGUGAAGCUAAAGUCUAAUGCUCCACUACGUACGGAGAAGUUACAGCCAAUCAACUUCUCUUCCAAGGAGACAGCCACAAUGACGUCACGUAGUAUGGCGUCACACGAGAACCGUUCAAGAAACAUGAUGCCCAAUGAUUCAGUGAGAAAUUAUACCAACAUGGGUUACAGUCAAUAUGGCGAUGAUGUGUCUAGUGUUGAUUAUCAACAACCUGUUGUUGUUGUAAGAACAUUUGAUCAUCCAGGAAAGUCGUACUAUUAUAGACAAAGGAGAUCAUUGCCAAGACACCACUCAAGACUCAACUACAAAAAAUCUUUUAAAUCUUCCACGACUCGCAGACGAAAACCUUUACCAUCUGCCUGGACAAUAAACCUUCGAAAUUCGCCGUCAAGACAUGAAAAUUAUGAAGAUGUUCACUCUUAUUACUUACCACCUAGAAGAAAAGCCAAAUAUCAAGGCUCAACUCGUGCACGAGAUUACAUGAAUCACAAAAUGAAAGUUUGUGAAGCUAAAAGUCAUAGUUCUGGUAAUAGUAAAAGAUACAUAGUUGAAAACCGUCCAAAACUAUCCCAUGCUAAAAAUGCUAAAACCUCGACUUAUUACAAGACCUCUGUUCGAUCGCAACUCAGCUCACAUUCGGAUGCAUCAGAAGUAGAUUAUGAAUCGUCCCCUGUUUUUAAAGACCAAAUUAAAAAUGAAAAGUUUCAAGCGAAUUAUUCCGACAAAAAGUGGGAAGAGAAAUCACAUGACCCAGAAAUCAUGUCCAUUGUCAGUGGUAGUGAAUUUUCUGAAUUCUUACCCACUCCUCCACGGCCAAGUGACAGCCAAUCAGAUAUCUCUACGGAUGGAUAUUCCCGUGGUAGUUAUAAAUCAUUUAAAAACAAACUUGAAAAAAACGUUAAAGAAAACAGGGAGGUUGUUGUUGAAGACAGAAGUCAAUCAGAUCAAGAAAAACAUAAUGAAUCAUUUGAAGAAAUUUUGGAGCGCUUACGAAAUGGUGAGACGCGUGAGAGGAAUGGAAACGAAAGUAGAAAAAACGUCGGUUCAUUUAAUAAAGAGACGAGCAGUUCAUCGUGGACUCAUAAUGACAGCGGUUUUGGAAAGAAACAUCAUGUGCCAAUAAAUGGUGUGCAAGUCCUACCACCCGAACCAGUUUUCAUCAAGUUUGAAAGUAGCGAUCAGGAGAAUGAAAAUUGAAGUUGAAUGUUUUAUUAACAAGCUUUUUUAGACUUAUAAAUGGUUCACUUUAUGGAGGUGAAUUUACGUUUGAUAUAUGAUUUGAGAUAAUUGACUAUUUAUUUUUAUCAUUCUCUAACAUACUUUAUCUUUACAUUUGAAGUCAUGUACAAAUGCUUGCCUGUAGGACAUUUAAAUUAAAUAUUGUCUAAAUGAAUCAAUUUCCCCCCUCCCCCCCUAGAAAUCAUAAACAUUGUUUGGAGAAAAAAAUGUUGUUCCUGCUGUUGUUUUGAAAUUCCUGCAUUUUUAAAAUAAUAUAUGUGUAUGACGACGUAAAAACAAAACAUUAUUUUAAUGGUUCUAAUCAGACGGAAAACAGUAGAGAAGUUAAAGUUGUUGAAAUACUAGUCGGAGAUUGGUGAAUUAUCCAUGUAAGUUUUUUAUACUUUCUUAUAGGGUGUUCUUUACACGAGUAAAGACUGCUUCUCUUCGAAAAUACUAGUUUGAAAUUGUAAAUUCUUUCAGUAAAUUGUUUCAUUGAAUGCUUUAUAAAAAUUACGUCAAACAUUGAA